GGGAGAACCGGAGAAGGAUAGAGAAUAAAAAAAGGGAUGGAAUGCCGCUGUCAAAUUUGACUGAGAGUCCUCAUCUGUCAGAUCCAUGUGUAUAUAACAUAUGGAUUGCAGAAGUAUUUCAAUUGUAUUCAUUGGUCCUCGCGUGGAUUUGAAAGCCCCAUUUCUUUCAUCAAAUUUUCCAGUUGAGCUGAGAAACAAUGCAGCUGGGUCAUGUUUCCCUGCUCCUUCUCAUUCUCUGCUUCUUCAUCUCCACUUCCAGCGCAGAGUUCUCGGCCAAGGUUGGUGUGAACUACGGCCAGCUGGGCAACAAUCUACCAUCUCCGUCAGAAUCUGUGAAGCUCAUCCAAACCCUCAAAGCCAUGCGGGUCAAAAUCUACGGUGCCAACCAUGACAUCCUCGAGGCUCUCCGAAACACAGGCCUCCAAGUCUCGAUUAUGGUACCCAAUGAGCUCAUCAACAACAUUUCCUCCAGUCAAACCCUCGCCAACCAAUGGGUACACGACAAUGUAGUCCCCUUCUACCCACAAACCCUAAUCCGAUACCUCCUCGUCGGAAACGAAAUCCUCUCGUGGUCGGACAAGUCUCUGUGGUUCAAUCUGGUUCCGGCAAUGCGCAAAAUCAUGCAUGCUCUCAAAAUCCACGGAAUCACCAAAGUCAAAGUCGGGACUCCAUCGGCCAUAGACGUGCUCGAGUCACAGUUCCCACCGUCCAACGGUACGUUCCGGUCGGAUAUCUCCGGCUCCGUCAUCAAACCCAUGUUAAAGUUUCUGUCCAAAACCAAGUCCUUCUUCUUCGUCGAUAUCUAUACUUUUUUCCCUUGGGUCUCCGAUCCAAUCAACAUCGAUUUGGACUACGCUCUACUUGAAUCCACCAAUGUGACGUACACGGAUCCGGUUUCGGGUCUGACCUACCACGACCUCUUCGACCAAAAGGUGGACGCUUUCAUUUUCGCCAUGAAGCGACUCGGCUACCCGGAUAUCCGGAUCUGGAUCGCCGAAACGGGUUGGCCCAGCGGCGGAGACUACGACCAGAUUGGCGCCAACAUCCACAACGCCGCUACUUACAACCGCAAUGUGAUCAAAAAGUUCACGGCCAAACCGCCGGUCGGAACGCCGGCUCGACCGGGCGUGGGGCUCCCGAGCUUCAUAUUCGCUUUGUUCAACGAGAACACGAAAGGGGGUCCGAGUACGGAGCGGAACUUCGGGUUGCUGUACCCGAACGGGUCGAAUGUGUAUCAGAUUGACUUGACCGGGAGGACGCCGGAGUCCGAGUUCAAGGCGUUGCCGCCGGCGACGAAUAAUAAGCCGUAUCCGGGGCCGAUAUGGUGCUUGGCUAAGAAGGGAGCCAAUAAGACUGCGGUUGCAGAGGCUUUGUCGUACGCUUGCUCGCAGGGGAAUAAAACUUGUGACCCCAUCCAACCCGGAGGGAAGUGCUUUAAGCCCAAUUCGUUGGCCCAACAUGCGAGCUAUGCGUUCAGUGCGUAUUGGGCUCAGUUUAGGAAGGCCAGUGGUAGCUGCAACUUCGGUGGUCUAGCUGUUCAAACCAUCAAGGAUCCAAGUUAUGGAUCAUGCAAGUUCCCUGGUGCUAAGCUAUGAGUUCGGAAGGUGUACAAUGGCGGUGCAUUGUUCUCUCUUCUUCCUCUAAAACUCAUUCAAUAAGCUGCCGCCAUUUGUUUCUUGGACUAGUUACUUUGCCUCCCCCAUCAUUCCUGAUAUUAGAAAUUCUAUAGAGGGUCUCUUCUAGGCUAAAGAAAACUCUAAUUUUCCAUCAAUUCGCCAUUUUUAUUCUCAAAGGGGUGGCCUUAGGUAACUAGAACAGAUUGGACCCCUUUGAGAUCAAAAUGGGUUUUCAAAUCCACAGUUUGGUGCUAUUCCGUUGCCAUUUUGUUGUGCACUGUUUUUGGCACCUCCUUUUAGUCCCUACACUCUUUUUUUAACGGCUAUAUGUGUCUGAAGCUACUAUUAUUAGUAAUGGCUAGAUAUUUGUCAUUGAGUUCUUUUCCCUUGUACUCUCUAUUCCUACAUUAUUGCAAUAUUUAUAUGGCAAUUGCCAACGGCUAUUUGGGAGAUGUCCCUUUGUUUAUAACUUUAUAUGAUUUUUACACUUUUUGC